AUGUUGAACGACCCGGCGGCGCUGUCAUGGGCGGGCGCGUGGGGCAUGAACGUGGUGUCGUCGGUGGGGAUCAUCCUGGUCAACAAGGCCCUCAUGACCUCCUACGGCUUCGCCUUCGCCACCUCGCUCACCGCGCUCCAUUUCAUCACCACCGCCGCCGUCGGCAACGCCGCCACCGCCGCGGGUGCGCUCGCGCCGAGCAAGCACGUGCCGGCGCGCACGCUGCUGUGGUUCGCGUGCGUGGCGAGCCUGGCUGUCGUGAGCAUGAACGUGUCCCUCAUGGUGAACUCCGUGGGGUUCUACCAGAUCACCAAGCUCUCCAUCAUCCCCGCCUGCUGCCUCUUCGAGGCGCUGCUGCACCGCAAGACGUUCUCGCCCGCCGUGAAAGCCGCCGUGGUGGGCGUGAUGAUCGGCGUGGGCAUCUGCACCGUCACUGACGUCACCGUCAACACCGCCGGGCUGAUCGCUGCGAUCGUCGCGGUGCUCUCCACAACCUUCCAGCAGAUCUUCAUCGGGUCGCUACAGAAGCAGUACAGCGUGGGGUCGUUCGACCUGCUCAGCAAGACGGCGCCGUAUCAAGCCGUGCUGCUCGUGAUCUCCGGCCCCACAGUGGAUUACCUCCUCACGCGCCGCAGCCUGCUGGCCUUCCACCCGACCCCCGUGUCCGUGGCGUUCAUCCUGCUCUCCUGCGUGCUCGCGCUCUUUGUCAACCUCUCCAUGUACCUCUGCAUCGGAAAGUUCUCGGCGGUGUCGUUCCAGGUGCUGGGGCACAUGAAGACGCUGUUCGUGCUCGUGCUGGGCUCCGCGCUCUUCCACUCGCCGCUCACCGCCAAGAACCUCAUGGGCAUGGCUGUCGCCGUGCUCGGCAUGCUCGCGUACAGCUGGGCUGUCGAGCGGGAAAAGGCCGCCGCUGCUGCUGCGGCUGCUGCGCUGCCGGUGACGAAGCAGCAGCAGAAGGCGGAGGAGCAGGCGUUGCUAGGAAUGCUGCUGGAGCCGGACCCCUUCCUGAACGAGCUCACGAAGCUGUACGAGCGCCACAAGGGCGCCGGCACCGUGUGGGUCACUCUCAAGCGCUCCAAUCUGCGCAAGAAGCCCAAGGGAGGCGAGAAGAAGGCAGGGGGGGAUGAUGUGGAGGAGGACGAGAGCAGUGCUGCGGAGUACCGGUGUGUGGUGAGGGCCACUGACGGCAAGAGGAAGAUCAGCACUCUGCUGGGACCUCGGGAGCAUGCCAAGUUUCAGGCGGCGUAUGCACUGGUACUCAAGGCACACAUGGACUCUCUCAAGCGCAAGGAGAAGCGCGAGAGGAAGAAGAUGAAGCCAUCUGCGCCCGCCUCUUGA